AAUUAAAAAAAUGGAUCUUUUCCCCCCCAUGAAGUUGUCCAGUACAGAAGUUGCUAUUUGGAAAAGGGGCAUCAGGGAGCAGGCUCGUAAAUCCUGAACUUGUUUUAAAACAGACUUUAGUUUAUUCACGGGUCUCCAAUAUUUCCCUCCUCCCUUUUUCUCAGGGAAGAUGUUGAAGUAUGGAUCAAAUAUUUUGCCCUGAAUGGGCGAUCAGAUUUAGUGAUUUGAACCUGGACCAUUUUUUAGAACCUUCUGGCUUGGUUCGCCCACCCACUGAGCUUGUUUUUGUAAACGCUUGCUUUUGUUUCAAAGUCACAAUUGAUUCAUGAAACACGCUAAGCGAAGGGCAGAGCAGCGUAGAGCUCGGCACAGCGUAUGAGGCUGGUUCCUCGUGCCCUCGGUCUUAAACUCUGCUGCUUUGCUGUAACGCCUGCCUGUUCUUUGGGGAGCGAUUCCCACUCGUUCCAAUCUUUUGCACCCAAAAACUGCGUGGCUCAGUCUUAAUGGCGUUCGCUUGCUCGUACCCCACUGAGAUUUUGGAUCAAGACAGAUGGCUUUGGCGUUAAGGGAGUCUCCUCUUCCUUCACUCCAGGCUGACUUUCGGGCUGUUGGCCUGCGAAGAGAGGCCGAGCCUCCCACUCCCAGAGCAAUCCCUGUUCUUGGGCCAACGAGCUCUCUUGACGCACAACUGAUUCCUCUGCGGUUCUGGCAGGCAAAGCCUCUUCCCCAGAAGCAAAACCUGACUAGUAUCCUUAGGAAGUUACACUCUGUUCCCCACCUCUUGAUCUCAAGUCACUCUGUCACCGGGCCAGAAUCUGCCGGUUAUGCAACUAGGUGAUAUUUACCAUUCCUUUUGUAGAGAAGGGGUGGUGGUGGUAAUGCUGCAGCUGGGGGGGGGGGCUGCUUUGCUGGCUCCAGCCAGAUGGAGCUCCGAAGCCAUGCGCAGCCCCGAUCACCCCCCUCCCACGUGCCGAAUCAGGAUCCUGUUCCAAAUCAAGAGCAGAGUUGGGGAAGAAGGAGCGGUGGUGGUUUCUCUUUGCCCCAUCCGCCAGGAUUGCAGGGAAGAAGUCUGGGAGCCAAAGAAUCCUCGGCUGGAAUGUGAAAACAGCUUUGUGGCUUGGGAUCCGUGAACUCCUGGCUCUGCGGAGGGUGGCCAGUUGGCAGGACGGCUCGGGCCGUCCCGGCCAACAAACAGCUAGUAACGUGGUCAGGGGGCAGAGCCAAGGCAAGGCCGCUCGGGUUUCUAGGUAGGCGUAGCCCCAGGGCCGUGCGUCAGAUCUGUGCCUGCUCUGUGCCGCUUGGGUGGGUAGCAGAGAUGCUGUCUUUCCUGCUAUUGGCUGGUCGAGGCCGCCCAGUCUGCUAUUUGCUCUCCCAUUCUCUGCACGCCUGGCCUGGAGGGCGGAUGAAUGCCCUUCAGAAGGAACGACACUGGCUCUGUUCAUACGCCGGCCGGGCCGGACCCCAAGGAGGCCUGUUUGCCUUGGGCUUGAGGCGGCGUACUCCUUCAGCCCACUGCUGCUGCUUCCUGAACCAGCGCUUGGCGCACAGGGUUUGAACCCGGUCGACGAAAAGCCAGCAGGGAAGUGAUGUGGCGGCAUUCUCGGGUUUACUAGCAUGGCAAACAUCCCGAACCCUGAGCUCUGCAGGAAGGGAAGGGCCAAGGAAGCCUCAGGGAAAGAAAAGAGGGUGGAUGGACAGAGGGCAGAAGGACAGAGGGCAGAAGGAAACUGGGUGGGGGCUUUUUUUUGCUCAGGCACCUCCCGCCUCCAGUACUGUAGUAGGAUCAAUCUCGAUGGAUUGUACUAUUUGCACCUGGCGAUAAUACAUCGGGGAUGCCGAUUUCACCGCCGUAGUGUUGAUAACAGUACGAUUGAACUGAUUCCCAUUUUGGUAUUUAAAGAAAAGCAUUGGAAAAAAAAGAGGAAGAUGUCAGCGUUACAAGUGGAAGAUUAUGUUUAUAACUCCAUCCGGCACAAUCUCUCCCUGCAUAACAAGUUCAUCAAGGUGCACAAUGAGGCCACCGGGAAGAGCUCUUGGUGGAUGCUCAAUCCAGAAGGCGGCAAAAGCGGGAAGGCCCCCCGGAGAAGAGCGGCCUCCAUGGACAACAACAGCAAGCUGGCCAAACUGCGCGGGAAGACACACCGGAAGAAGCCGGCCAUGGCGGCUGCUCCGGAACCGACGGCCGACAGCCCGGUCUCCCAGUUCCCCAAGUGGCCGGGCAGCCCUUCCUCCCGGAGCAACGAGGACUCGGAGGUGUGGACCAGCAUCCGUCCUCGGACCAGCUCGAAUGCCAGCAGCGUGGGCCUUUCCUCGGUCCUGGCUGAGCAGGAUGACCUGGCUGACGAGGAGCUGCUGCCCACCCUCGUCUACUCCAGCGCCUCCAGCAACGUCCCUCCCACAGUGACGGAGGAGCUGGAGCUCAUCGACGGCCUGAACCUGAUGUCAGCCAGCUCCUCAUCCUUGCUGGCCCCUCAGCAGCCGGCCCAGAGGAACCCCACCUUCCCCUUGCGAGCCCCCGGCUCUGCCGCUCAGGCCCAGGGCUCCUUCGGCAGCUCCCUCUUCAGCCCCAUGGAUCACCUGCUGCCCGGCUCGGACAGCCAUUUCUCCCAGUCGCUGGAGGAGUUGCUGACGUCCAACUCGCCGCCUGCCAGCGACGUGAUGAUGACCCAGGUGGACCCGAUUCUCCCGCAGAGCGGAAGCCGGGUGAGCAGCCAGAGCUACCUGCUCCUGGGGGACCAGCCGUCCAAGCCCAAGAUGAGCCUGGGGAGCCUGCUCAGAAAGCCCUUGGAGCAGCAGUUGGAGUCCAUCGGGGCCACCGCUUUGCCCUCCGCCUUCACCAUGGCGCCGUCUUCGCAGAGCGCCGUCGGCCUGUCCGCUUUGAAGACUCCGGGCUCAGCGCUGCCUGCCCAGGUGGGCCAGCUGGGCCCUCCGCCCGCCCUGUCGGCCCCUUUCCCGGCCUUUGACGGGAAUCAGGACAAGCUGCCCAACGAUUUGGAUGUCGAUAUGUACAUGGAGGACCUUCAGUGCGAUGUGGACUACAUCAUCAGCACCGACCUCAUGGACGGAGAAGGACUGGACUUCAACUUUGAGCCCCUUCCGUCUACUCCGAGCUACCCGAGCACGUCGCAGGCUUCCAAUCACAGUUGGGUCCCCAGCUAACUUCGUAUGGACAAAGUGCCCUUCUGCUUCAGGAGCUUUACACACCCAGAAGAGUCUGGAAUGCCGGCAGCUCUGGUGCCCGCCUUGGCCUUGCGCGCGGGAUGGGCGGGAGAGGCCAGCCGCCACGGGAAGAGAGAGAUCCUGCCCAGUGCCAUGUCUUUUCAUGCAUCCAGCCUACGCCGUUCUCCCAGCAGGAGCCUCAGGGGGAGCCCUUCGCCACAGGAGACCCUUCCUGCCUUUCCAGAGGGAGGGGCUCCCGGCCCAGCCACGAUAGGCCUGGACUCGCCAGCCCAUCAUCCCUGCCUCACCUGUCCUUUGACUCGGCACUCUACGCCUCCAUGGAUGGGAAGAGGAGCAGCCAUCCUCGGGGCUGCUUGAGUGGAGAAGAAAUCCUGUCCUUUGGCCUCUUUGAGAGCAGCAGGUGGGCAGGGGGCGUGAGCAAGCUCUGGAGCGAGGAGACCCCCCCCCAUGACAGUCCUGGCGAAGAGGCCCUGCUGGAAACGCAGGCCUGGCCUUUCCGGGGCCACGGAGAGCCCUUCCCCGCCAGCGUGAGCUGCCCUCAAGCAGGUGCUAAACGCCGUUGCUGAGAAACCAAAAAACGCCUUCUCUGGGUUCAUCUCUGCGCUGCAGUGGAGAAACAGGAAACCCGGACCUGGCCUUAACCAGAGCCCUGAUCAGUGUCGGAUUUCCCCCCCCCCCCCCUCUCUUUCUUUCUUUUUCUAACCUGGAAGGGCAUUUUAUACAGAUGAACUUACCUUGGUGGCGUUUUUUCUAUCUUUCCCCCUUUCGUUUGGACGAGGAGGCUUUUUGUGGUAGCCUCAGGCCCGUUUUACACAUGUCUCUUGUGCCUUUUCUCCCCCCUCACUCGGCCUGUCAGCAGCUGGGCUAUUCCAAGUUCUCUCCAGAACAGGAGGGCAGCUUCGGGGUAGGGUGGGGGGUGGGGGUGCUUUAUAAAGCUGGGCGGGGAGGAGGGAAAGGGGCACCAAGCUAGCCUUGUUCUUUGGAAUUGGGGGCAGGUGAGGGGGGGCUGUAGAUAGAUUACCUGUAAAGUUAGCAGCAGAUUUAACUAGAAGCUUUUGUUAAAACAAAAAAACAAAAAAAUGGGGCGGGGUGGGGUGGGGUGGCGGGGAGAGAGAAAACCCCUGUCUAUAUUUUAACAGAAAACCCUUUGAAAUGAUUGGCUUAAAACGAAAAGGACAUUUUCUUACAGCUUUAUAAAGUUUUGAUACCAGAGAGAACACUAAAGUACACAGUGCCAGGAAUUGAGCUGAAGAGUGGAUGAUGGGAAAACGGGUGGGGUGGGGGGCAAGGGGUUUAGAUAAGGCUUAGAGUCCCUUUCUCCGAGGAAGGGGGGAGUCCGAGCUCCCUGCAAACACAAGGCUGAGUAUUUUGUCUCCCUGGGAGGAGUUUUGGGGGCUCUUAAGCCUUGAAGGGAGCAAGGUCACAGCUGCCCCUUUGGACACAGGGAGCCCUCGACCUCCUGGUGCAGAAGCCUCUGUGGGGGAGGCCGCUGCCUGCUGACUAACAGGUUGGUGGGCCGGAGGGGGCGGGGGAGAAAGCUGGGUCUGCUUGUUGUAUGGCCUGGCUGGCAAUACUCCAAAUCACAGUUGCUUUGUCCUUUGCAUCCAGCAUGUUCUCAGGUGAUCUGGCCUGCCCUGAAAAGGCGGGCGGGGGGGGGGAUUGCACAAACAAAAGAGCAUCAGAGAUCAUUUUUCCAGUAUUAACUCCUCCUUGACGCAGGGAGAUGGGGUGGGCCUGGGCACGCUGGGGGGGAGGCUUGCCAGCAGGGCUGAAGGGGAGAAGGUGGGGGAAGGUGGGGGAUCCAGGAUAAGAUCCAUCAGCAAGGCCGUUUCCCCACGCUCUUCUGGCCUCGAUCCAGGCCAGCCUCCCGGAGUUCCUUCGCGAGGACCUUCCCCUGCCCUGCUUGGGAACGGGGGACUUUCAGAGGAGUUGGCCUAGUUGAAAGGAAAAGGGUGCCACCUGGGAGAGAGAGAUUCCCCCGGCCUCCCAACUGCCAGGCAGCUGUUAUGCCAGUUUGCUUUCUCCAAGCAAGGACUGGUUAAUGAUGGGGACGUCUGCUCCCUCCCCUCCUUCGCCUGGAGCACUGAAGGCGGAUCCUGACUGGGAUCCGAGAGAAGCUGGCAUAGAAGAGAUGCAGAGCAAUGGAGAUCCUCAACCCUCC